CAAGCGCGGCAGCAGCAGCUGAAGUUCAAGAAAUAUUAAAAAUAUUAUCUCAGAAAGUAAAAUAUACAAAAUCUCUCACCAAAAUGAAGUUUACUUUGAGCAUCCUGGCACUGUGUGGAUUAAUCGCCUUCGCCUGUGCUGCGCCGCUCGAUGACCCAGCUACUGCCCAGAUUCUACGCUAUGAUAACGAGAACGCCGCUGAUGGUUACAAAUUCGGCUAUGAGACUAGUGAUGGUGUGUCACGCCAGGAGGAGGCUGAACUAAAGAACGCCGGCACCGAACAGGAGGCCAUUUCAGUGCGCGGAUCAGUCAGUUGGGUGGCACCAGACGGACAGACAUACACAUUAAAUUAUAUCGCCGAUGAGAACGGUUUCCAACCACAGGGCGAUCAUUUGCCGCAUGUUUAAUGUUGCGCUGUA